UACUGUCUCAUCAUGGGGUGUAACUCGCUCUGCCAGUUACUGCUGGCCUUUGAACUGUUUAAUUUUUACUGUAUUGAAGUUUCUGCUGCUCUUAGGUACAGGAGGCCCGGCUUGACUUCAAAAGAGUACAAGGCAGUAAUUACACCGAGUGAGACCGUGCAACAGCAAAAAGCGGGGUCGCCCGAAACGGUAUCUGCCCAAUGCACGGAGUGGAACGUUAUCGUGACCAUCAACCCUGAUUUGCUGGGCAUUCAGCAUCCUGUCCAGGCGUCCGAUUUGACAAUAGGAGGAUGUGGAGUGACCAGCCAAACACCAACUGCCUUCGUGAUAGAAGCUCCGUUACAGGGAUGUGGCAGCAACGUUACGAUGGUUGCAGAUGAAAUUGUGUACUACUUCACUCUGGACUAUAAUCCCUCUCCAAUUCCUGGUCUCCCCAUUGUGAGAACCAACCCAGCUGUGGUGCAGAUUGAAUGUCAUUACCCCAGGAACCACAAUGUCAGCAGUAAUUCACUGAAUCCCACUUGGGUCCCAUAUACCUCCACCAUAUCUGCUCAGGAUGUUUUGGGAUUCUCUCUGGUUAUAAUGAACAGUGACUGGAGUGGACCAAGUUCCUCCAGCAUCUUCUACCUAGGUGACCUCCUCAACCUACAGGCAUCUGUUGACAACACUAACCAUGUGCCUCUGCGGAUCUUUGUGGACAACUGUGUGGCUUCAUCCACUUCAAAUGGUUCUGCCCCAACAUACACCUUUAUUGGCAACAGUGGGUGUUUUACUGACAGCAAAGUGACUGGGUCCAAUUCCCAAUUCAUAACUCCUAGAACUACUCCAUCCACCCUCCAGUUUGAACUUGAUGCCUUCAGGUUCUAUGGUGUGGCUGCAAGCUCUGUCUUCAUUACCUGUCGUCUGAAAGUGACUUUGGCUUCCCAGGCCAUUGACUCCUUGAACAAGGCCUGCACCUACAUAACUGGACUGAGCCAGUGGACCUCUGUGGAUGGCAGUGACCCAGUAUGUAGCUGCUGUGAUACCAACUGUGCUACUGGCCUCCAUAAAAGGAGAUUAGACAAGGCUAGACCUAGACCAAGGAGAAGUGCACAAAGCAUGCCAGUUGAAUGGGAGAAGACUCUUGUGGUUGGUCCCCUAUUCUUUGAAGGGAAGCCUCAACCUGCAGUAUCUGAACAUCUGACUGCUACAGAAGUGAAGCCAUCAGGUGCCUCUGUGCUCGUCCUGGGCACUGUGCUGGUUGUACUGGCUCUGGCAUGUUCUGCUUUUCUUCCGUUCCUUUUGUAUCGGAAACCUCAAAUUUCUAAUUAAACUGACUGAAUUUCU